CCGCCCGGCGCCCGGCGAGAGCCCGGCCCUGAGCCCGCAGCGCCGCCGCGAGCGGAGCAGAGCGGCCCCGGCCCCCGCGGAAAAGCCCUGAGGGAGGCGGGAGCCGGCGGCGAGGAGGAGGAGGAGGAGGAAGAGGAGGAGGAGGAGGAAGCGAGGGAAGGAGCCGGGGGAAAACAGGAGCGGGAAGAGCUCGGAGCGGAGCCCGGGAGCGGCCGGAGCGCGCCGGAGGACAGCCGGACACCGGACCCGCCACCCUUCCUCCUGGGCGACACCCGCUGGAAUUCCGCUUCCGAGCAAACCCUCUCCUCCUCUUCCUCCUCCUCCUCCUCCUCCUCCUGCUGCCGCCACCAGCGGUGUCACCGCAGGGCCACCGGCGGAGCGUCCCCGCAUGGUGCAGCAGCGGCGGCGGCGUUAAGAUGGUGAGAGCUGGCCGGGCCGGGCCGGGCGGGGAGGAUGAGCAGCGGCACCGGCAGCACCGGCAGCACCGGCAGCACCGGCAGCACCGGCCCGGCCGCUUAGGGCACGAUGGACUCACGGAGCCGCCGGGAUGCGCAGCCCGCCCGCGGCACCGCCAGCACCGGCACCAGCACCGGCACCGGCACCGGCACCGCCGCCGCUCCCUGCGGGGCUGAGGGAGAGCGGGAGCGCAUCCGCGGCCGCAUGAGGAUGGUGAUCGGGCAGCUGGAGGGAAUCCUGAGGGAGCUCAAGGAGGUGGCCAAGGAGCUCCGAGAGGUCGUGUCCCAGAUUGACCGCCUGACGUCGGACUUCGCUCUGGACCUGGAGCCGGACGCUUGGACUCCGGCCACAGCCAGCAGCACGUCCAGCAGCGACCGGGGCGGCGCCAGCCUCGAGCUGGGCCCGCUGGACUUCGCCGCCUCCGACGUCCUCUCGGACAGCUGGGAAUUCUGCUCCUUCCUGGACGCCUCCACGCCCUCGGACCCCGGUGAUUGCCCGGAGCCCCCGCGGCCGCCGCCGGCCCGGCUGAUGAACGGGGGGGUCCCCGUGGCCAACGGCCCCCGCGGGGGCGGGGGGACCCCGGAUUCCUCCAGCGAGGAAUGUUUCGGGAGCGCCGCCGUUCCCAAAAUCCCGGCCCAGCGGCCGGCGGGGACGCGGGAGCGCGUCCGCUUCAGCGACAAGGUGCUCUACCACGCCCUGUGCUGCGAUGACGACGGCGACGCCGACGACGGCGGUGACAUUCCCGACGAUCCUGCCGGGAAGGGGCCUCGGGAGCAGCUCCUGAGGAAGCCGGGCGUGAUCCCGAUCCGCAGGGCCACCAGGAACAGCAGCACCCAGACCGUGGCCGACAAGAGCACGCAGACGUUGCUGCCCUACGUCCCGGCCAGGCAGAGAAUUCCCAACAAAAACUGAACCCGGAUCCGGGUUUGGGAAGGGUUUAUGGGGAGGGGGAAAAAUCCCUGGGAAAGGGGCUGGAAAAAAUCUAUAUAUAAAUAUAAAUAUAUAUUUCAAUAAAUCCGUACUCCUCAUAAA